AUGGAGCAACUCCGCGACCAGGCACGUUUCGACACCAAAGUCUGUGAGUCAAUCACUCUGCACAUCCGUCAGCUCGCAGCGGACGAGGUCAAGCUCAUAUGGUGUGAAGGUGAAUCGAUGGUGAAAAAUCUUGAAGAGGAUGACAGGAUUUUGGUCGUGCUUCUCGGCUUCGCGGGUGCACUCAACAAGUUGACGUUCCCAAUGGGUCGGGACAUGGCUCAGAGAGCGAUUCAUCGAGUGUCCAACACAGAUGAAAAGUAG